UUUGUACUAUUAGGGCCAGAUCAAAAAGGUUUAAACGAAGACGGUAUAUUAUGCUUUAUUGUGAUUGGCUCUUAAAAUGAAUGACAGCUAAAAUGGACCAAUCAGAGAUUGUUGCGAAGGUAAUUCCGUCGCAUGUGAGUGGGAUUUUAUGAAAUAUGCAAAUCCGAGCUGUUUUUCCUUUCCGCUGGUGAGAGGUUCGGUUCAGGAUAAUAAGGGAGUUUUGCUGCUUUAAUAAGGUAAAAAAGUUGGAUACCCGGGUGUUCGUAAGGUACACAGUGGAUAAGAGUAAAGCGUUGUAUGUUUUGAUGAUGGCAUUGCGUCAGUAAAUCGCUAUAGGCCAGGAAGUUAUGAAAAGCCGGUAGUGUAUUAGUUUCGCCGGUCGGGGCUGCUCUCUUUGUUUGACACGGAGAGUAGUCAGCGCGUGCUCUUUUGUUUAGGGUUUUGUCUUUGUUUAACUGCAAACGGACGAUUCUUGUUUCCAUUCGGGCCUGUUUUGAAACAUGCAUCACAUGAAGAAAUAUUUCACAGAGGGACUGAUUCAGUUUACAAUUCUGCUGAGUUUGAUAGGAGUUCGCGUGGAUGUCGACACCUAUUUGAACGGUUACUUCUCGCCGUUAAUAGAGACGGACGGCGGGCCGAGUUCGGCUUUCAUACAGACACCAUUUCACCACUAUCGGGAUACAGCAGAGGGGCAUCAGGUGCAUCCUAAAUGUCCCGAGCUUGACUAUUUUUUCGCUAGCCGCAGGCUGCUGAAUGAAGUGCGUGCGCUCGGCUCCCCGGCCCGCUUCCCCACGCGUGUCAGUGCGUGGCUGGUGCACCUGGUACCUGAUGAUAACUCUGAUGUCGAUGAGCAAGACGACCUGGACUCUGGUAACGACGAGGUAAAUACCGAAAAUAUCAGAGAAGUAGAAAAUGACCAUGGGAUUGGAGAGGCAUUCGCACUUUCAUUAUCUCAGGAUACUCAUACUACACCAGGGCCUUGCCGUGCAGCAGCAGAACUUUCUAAAGAGGAUGCUUUAUUAAACCAAGAGGACGAUGUGAAAGAUGAAGAAGGGCAAGAGGAAACCAGCCCUGCUUUGCUAAACCAGCUAACUCAGAGCUCUGCAUUAGAGCCAGAGGAUCUACUGAGUAGCAGUAGUCUUCCUCCACCUCUUUCUGGACUAGAGCUCCCUCCACAGUGGCAGGACUUCCUCUCUGAUUUUGAUCAUUUUGACUCUAUGGACUCCCAACACAUAUCAGAUUUAGAUGCAGACCUUCAUAAUCCCAUCAGCUAUGAUGUAAGCCUUCAAGAUGCCAUGGUACCAAGUACAGAUUCCACCACCUGCAGGCCCACAUUAAGCAGAGCACCCCUCUUCCGUCUUGAAUCUACCAAUUCUUCCCACUCAGACCAACCUCAAAGUUCAUCAGGCGCACCUCCUUCUUCACUCUUUCCUAUGUUGGGUAACAGCUCUCGCAACGAAACCUCCCCAUCACAGAUGGGAGGUUAUCUGGAUGAGGCUGUUUUUGAGCAUAUAAAUAUGCUAGAUUUAGGAAAUCUUGGUACAGUUGAUCCUCAGAUUUUGGAUCGCAUGCAGGGUGAAACAGAUGCUCCAUGGAUGGAAGAUUCUGAUUCUGGUUUGUCUUUAGAAAACAGUUCAAGGAGCGCUGCAUCCCCUUCAACAUCAUCUGAUUCAUUUUGCGAAGAAGAGGGCGGAGCUACAGGUUAUAGCAGCGAGGUGGAGUCCCUCUCUUCCAAAGGAGCAGCAUGUGCUGCUGCUUACCGUGAUUGGUCACCACUGAACCUUAAUGACCACAUUUGGCAUGACCACACCUACUCAGUCCCACAGGCUCAAAAUUCCACAUCUUGCUGGGUGCCACCUAUCAAAACGAUCAAACAGGAAGUUAAGAGUGAAGAUGAGUCUGAACCAGAAGAGAUGAGUCGUGAUGAACGGCGGGUGCAGGCUUUGGGUCUUCCAUUUUCAGCCUUUCAGAUCAUCAACAUGCCUGUAGAGGACUUUCUGGAGCUGUUGGACAGACAGGAUCUGUCAGUAUCAGAAGUGACCUUCUUGCGGGACGUACGCAGAAGAGGCAAAAACAAGCUUGCGGCGCAGAACUGCCGCAAGAGGAAGUUGGAUGCCAUCCUGGGCCUGCAGGGUGAAGUUGAGGGCCUUGCAGCGCAGCGAGAUGCUCUUUUGCGCCAAAGAGCCCACACAGCCAAGGCACUCUCCGCCGCAGCAGAACGCUUCGAAGCGCUCUCGCGGACCGUGUUGAACCAUCUUCAGGAUGAAUGUGGACAGCCUCUUAGCGCUGAGAACUACACACUACACUGCACUGCUAACGGACGGGUAAUGGUUCAGCCUCGCACUAGCACCACAUCAAGGACGACAGUUACAAGUGGCAAGACAGCUAAGAGAAAGAAGGACAAAAAACAUUAGGAGACUAUUUUGAGUAUGUGUGUUCCUGAUGCGUGUGUUUACAUAUUUUUUGCUGAUGGUCGGUUUCUAUCCUUGAGAAAAUAUGUUUUGGGGCUCUUGUCUGCUUUUCCAAGUUGUAUUCAUAACUCAAGUGGAGGACAGAAAAAGACUUUAACAAAUACUACAUUUACACCAUGGGCGUAGCCACAUUCACUUGCGGGAGGAAAGGUAAUGAAAACACUGGACGUUAUAUGAAUGUGUAUAAAGUAUUUCUAAAGAGGACAUUUGAUAAGAAAAAGAAUAUUUCUUUUUUUUUUAAUUUAAUGUAAAUGGAAAAUUACUAAGUAAAGAAUGUUUCCGGAUAAAUGCAGUUGGUUACUGGAUGACCAUGCUUAAAAGUUUCAUUUGUAUUGCUAAUACUUGCAGGAUAGAGGUUAACAUGAAGAGGCCAACUGGUUCAACGAUAAUCCUAAUAUAGACAACUUGAUCCAAAGAUGAACAUCAUUUACCCAACCUCAUUUUCUAUCAAACCUGUAUGAUUUGUUAGGAGGCGAAAAUAUCAUACACUUUUCAAAGAUUCUCCCAUUGUAAUUACAUGAUUGAUUAAAUAAACAACAGAAAGAUCACUUUGGGUAAUCUAACCCUUUCAAGUGAAAUGUAAUCCUUAGUCAUUUUUGAAACUGUGACCUACCUUUAAUUUCAAAUGAGUGGUUUGAUUGUUCCGCACCCCCAAACAUUUAAAUGCCACUGAAAUUAUUAAACUGUUCCCAUUCAUUAUAUUACUGUCACUUGGAUAGCAAGAACAAUUCUGUUAUGCUUGGGUGGCCUUAAUUGCCUUUUUGAUGAAAUUCAGUGAAAUUACAAGAUUAAAUAGCAUUUUCUUUAUUAUUUUGGUAAGUUUGGUCUACCUCAUGGAACAGCAAUAUGGUUUGAAAAGGCAAAUACUUUAUUACUUUAAUGAGCAAUUAGUUUGUGAUUUAUAAAACAAAGUUAUACUGGACAUAUGUGAAUAUCUUGUUAUUGGCAGAAUGGAUUAAUUUUGUGUUUGAGAGUUUUGCUUUUCUUUCUAUUUUAUUCUGUUGAUCUAUUUUGUGUGUGUUUUUUUAUAUAUAUUAUGUGUGUGUGCGUUUUGUUUGGUUGGAACACUUACCUUUAAUUUUAAAAAGGGAUGUUUAUAAUUUGGUUCUUUUUUAUCUUUUACAAUAAAUAAGAGGAAAAUUUA